UGAGGAUUAAGAUUCCACAUUGACAGGUUGAACACAUUACUGGAAGGUGGAGUGUAACACGAUGAAGCUCUGUGUGAUUCUUGUCCUUUCAGCAAUUCUGCCAGCAAAUGCUUCGUUUGUGUACAUGUUCACUGGACUGUCUGGCUGCAGUGACUCUGUGGAUGAAUCUGAAUUCUUCAUCGAUCUGAAUCACAAUGAAAUACUCUAUGAAGAUUUCAAGAUCAAGCAACAAAUCAACAGACUGCCUCCGUUUGUAGAUCAAAUCGAUAUUCCAGAUUUGUAUGAGACUGCAGCUGAUUACAGAGAAAGAGAUCCUCCAUCUACCCAAAACACGACAUGGUUCCUGGAGAAAAAAAAAAUAAUUCAGAGAGACACUGGUUCUAUCACAUCCAAUUUAAAUAAAUUAGGUACAAACCUAAGACAACAGCCAGCCAGUCACAAGAACUGCUACACCCCCUUGAGGGUCUUGAGGAGGCUCUGCCACUGCUGAGCUUUAACCUUCACCUUCCCAGUUGUGCAAAUGAGUUAAAUUGGCAGCAAACCUGCAUAGUCUUUGUCCCGGUCCUGGUGGGCACGGAAGGAAUUUGGGGCCUGUGAACAUGGAGGGACUCUGUAAAAAAUGGAUGUAAUUCCUAAACAUUUAACACAAUAUUUUUGUUAAACACCUUGAAUUAAAGCUGAAAGUCUACACUUCAAUCGAUUGGUUCAUUUCAAUCAGCUCCAUUCACCUGAAUACAGGAAAUAGAGAGUGUAGUUCACACAUAAGGAAGUAUAUUUAUAAUUGCUCAGGGUGUGUGUGUGUGUGUGUGUGUGUGUGUGUGUGUGUGUGAGGUUUAAGACUCUACAGUGGCAGUUCGGACAAAAAAUGGAGACUAACACUAUGAAGCUCUGUGUGAUCCUCGUCCUUUCAACGAUUCUGCCAGAGAACACUGUGUGUAAUGUGUUUGUGUACGAGUUCACCAGACUGACUGGCUGCAGUGACUCUGUGGACGAAUCUGAAUUCUUUUAUAGUCUGAAUCAGGAUGAAAUAAUCUAUGUAGAUUUCAAGACCAAGCAACAAAUCAUCAGACUGCCUCCGUUUACAGAGCCGAUUGAUUUUCGGUAUUUGUAUGACAUUGCGGUUAAUGAAAGAGAUGCAUGCGUUCAGGACAUAAAAUCCGUGAAAGCAGCAAUCGGCAGUCCAUCUGAGGCCAGAGAUCCUCCAGAGAUCAGCGUCUACCCAAGACACGACGUGGUUCCUGGAGAAAAAAAUAACUUCAUCUGCUUCGUAAAGAACUUCUAUCCUCCACACAUCAGAGUGAACUGGACGAGGAACGGUGUGUCGGUGACAGAGGGAGUUUACAUCAGCCAGUUUUCAAUAAACAGCGACGGAACCUUCAAUUUAUUCUCCACACUGACGAGUUCUCCGAAUGAAGGAGAUGAAUACAGCUGCACGGUGGAGCAUCAAGCUCUGGACUCGCCUCAGACUAGAACAUGGGAGGAACCAAUAGAAGUUCCGAAUGUAACUCCGACGGUGGUGUUUGCAGUGGGAAUUGCUGUAGGAAUAUUGGGAUUAGCCACCGGAAUGUUCUUUGUCAUUAAAGCAACGUGUUUCCGUUAAGUCAACAGCCUGAUGUUGAUUAUUUUCCUAUAACAGCACACCUCCAAGUGUUUUAUUUCUUUUAUACAACAACAAUUUGCCAACAAUUAAAAUGUAGUAGUUAUCAAAGAACAACAAAUCAUACUUUUACCCAUUUAUAGUUACAUUUAAUGUUGUGGGAUAUCAGUGAAAUGAGUUAGUUCCUGUUAUCAUUUAUGUUAUAGCAGCUAUAAACAAAAAAAUCGCAGCUUGUUCCGCAUGUUACUGAGAAACCACAAAGAAGCGUAAACUCCUCUGUCCUGAAAACUUCAAAUUACAGCUCUGACUGUUGCAAAGUGCUGACACUGGAGGCUCCUUCCAUCAGUGUUACAUAAAACAUCUCCUUACAGAAAACUUCACCAUAUCAACGAUUUUUAAAAAUCUGUACGCUGUAAGAAUCCACUGUACGCGUCCCUGUGAAUGAACUGUUACUAUAGAAACGAUAAUGUAUUAGAACGAGCGCAUUAAUAUAAACCUGUGAUUUGCAGCUGCGCUACUGUCACUACUGUCUUCACUAACACAUCCUUCAGGUGUUGUGCUUUUCCUCUGCCUCACACGAUAACAAGUCAAAAUAUUUUACAUACUGAUAGUGACAUUAUAGUUUAAAUGUAAUUGUGUUGUGUCUCAUUAUGAUCUCAUUUAUAUUACACAUCACUGUCAUUUAAUCAAACUGGUGAUUUCUUUUUUUAAAUCUAUUUUUUUUUUUUUUGCUUAAAUUUAGGCAAUUCUUAAUUAAAUAUUAAAUACUCUAUUUUGGAAAAAAAUUGUAAAUUAAUACAUAAGAAAUUCGGAGAUUAGAUGUUACACUGCUUUAUCGUAUAAUUUACUACCAGAAAUAUAAAGAAAAACUUUUGAUUCCUGACUUUUAUUUUAAACAAAUUCUUAUCUACAUACGGAAUAAGGCAUUUGAAUAGCACUUUUAUAAACCUGUAUUUUCACUUUACAUUUUAAUAAUAUAUUUGUAACUUUCAGUCCUUCAUUCAGUUAUUGGUGUAAAUAAAAAGU